AUGUCGCAGCAGCGAGGUAGCGAGGAAGACGUCUCAGGGCCGACCAGAUCCCAGCCUUCCGCAUACCCGCCUCUAAGUAGUGGUCUCAUUCCGCGAGAUUACCUGGGGACGCGAUCCGAGGUGACUACGCGCCCCGGACCUCCUGGUUCUCGCCAUAUCUCACCGUCACCUUUGCAUACCACAUCUCUUCCGCAAUCCCACCUUCGCGACGAAUCACCAGCAUCGCAGAGCCCGCUUUCUCCCAGAUCUAGUGCGAACCCAUCCCCUUCUCAUAACCGUUCGCCUAUCUCUCGCAUAGCCAAUGCGCCAUUCCCUGCACCUCCAUCGCAUCCGGCCUAUACCUCUGCUCCAGUAACAGGCGUGACAAGCAUGGAACCGGCAGAUGUUGCCGCCAGACCCGGUGACGGCAACAUUUCAAAACAGCCUGGCGUGACAGAGCCCGAUCGUUCCGCAACUUCCUCCGUGAGCUCUAUCUUGUCGGCGCCUGGGGAACGCCCAACUCAUCGCGUCAUGCCUCGCACUUCCUCGAUUGAUUCCGCAAUCUCGUCCUUGUCUUCAGCCUCUCAGAAGUCAACUUUUGAUGCAAAUGCCCUCAGCCCAGCGGAUAUUGGAAACCUCAUCAAUGCUGCCGGCUCUGCAGAGGCAGUCAUUGUGCAUCUUCUCCGAGAGAAACAUCAGGCAGCCUCUCAGAACACGCAAUUAUGGAAACUGGUUGAUAAGCAGCGGACUUUGAUACUUGGACUGAAUAAAGAUCUCGAGCAAGCAUUCAAAGAGAAGGAAAAAUACAAAAAGAAGCUCAAGGAUCUACAGGACUCUACGCCUCCAGUCCCAACUACCGAUUCUGCCGUUCCGCGAACUGUCUUGCCCAAUAGUGACCAGUUGCCUGCCGGUCAGGUCUCAACUGCGCUAAAAAGAAACAAUCCGAGCGAACGGCGAGAAUUAAACAAACCGACCGACGCGCCACAGUCUGGUCCAUCCAGAAUAACUGGCGAAGGCCGUGUAGGCUUCAGCCCGAUCUCCGAGACCCCAUCUCUGGUUGGUGUUGAGACACAAAGACUUGCACAACCAAGCCGCAAACCACCUCCUGCGCCUUUAAAUCUACGACCGGGAGAUACUCGGGUGGAGCUUGCGGAAUCUGAUUCGGACUCUGACUAUGGCGAUGUCCAAGGAGAAGGUGGAAGAUCCAGCAUGGACCGCGGAAGGAGGAAAACGCGUGAGGAGGACGAUCGCGAUCGUGAGGCUGCACUGGACAAGGAACUUGGCGUCGAAACUACCGCCGGGGCGAAGACAUUCGGAACCUCCAACAGUUCGCGCGAUACCACUACGUCCGCUAGCCCAGCCACUCUUCCCCGCGAACUUGUGACAAGAUCGCCGCCAACCAUUGGUGGCACUGGCCCCUUGGGAUCUGCUCUGCACUCCCGGAUUCACCCUGGGGCAUCUAAUGGACGCUCGGGCGUCUCUGUCCCCAAAAGUCCUGGCUUACCAUUGAGCCCACGGCCAGAAGAUCGGCCUAUGGGUUCCCCUUUGCCUCGAAUGCCUCGAGAUAUGGCAAGUCCCAUGGCUACGGGCUUUAAUAACACCGGGCUGCCUAUCUCGCCCCGAGCGGCUAACUAUCCUGUACCCUUUCAACCAGGAGAUCUCCCAACAGGGGCGGGCAGGCCUGGGGGGCCGAUCCCGAUGAUUGAUCCCACCGUCAAAAUCGAUAGUCCCAGGUCCCCGCAAUUCCUCGAAAAUGAUAACACCAUCUACCAGGGAUUAGUGUCCGACGAGUACCCGGGACUAUUAUUGCCUCCAAACGCCCUCCCUCUGAUCCAAGUUCGAGUGUCAUCGUCGCGACUUCGGCCUUCUCGGAACAGUUAUAUGGCAUCCAAGCCACUCGACGAAGAGCCUGUGUUUACACUGAGCGUCAUCUCUCGAUCUGAGAUGGUGGAGCUUUGGCGAGUUGAAAAAGUCAUUGCGUCUCUACCGCAACUAGACCACCAAAUCCGACAACUGGCAACGUUCUCCGGAAAGUUGCCCGAUCGCACCAUUUUUAGUGGUCAUUCACCCGCCAAGGUUGAUGCGCGACGAGCCGCCUUGAAUCUGUAUUUCGACAGUCUCCUAGACACACCCAUGGAUGAGAAAGCCGCGCUGGUCAUUUGCCAGUUUCUGACAAAUGAUGCCAUCGAGCCCCGAGACGAUGAAACCAGCCUACUGAAGGGUCACGGACAAGCAAAGUCCGAUAUGUCGAGGGGACCAGAUGGCAAACCCCGGAAAGAGGGCUAUCUUACCAAACGAGGAAAGAAUUUUGGCGGGUGGAAAGCACGAUACUUUGUUCUCCAUGGACCCGAGCUGAAGUACUUUGAAUCCCCAGGUGGUCCACACAUGGGCACCAUCAGACUCCACCAUGCGCAGAUCGGCAAGCAGUCUCAAAACUCCAACAGCCAAAACAAUCAGUAUCGCCAUGCAUUCCUUAUUCUUGAGCCCAAAAAGAAGGACUCCUCUGCACUUGUUCGUCAUGUUCUCUGUGCCGAAAGCGACGAUGAGCGUGACACUUGGGUAGAUGCUUUGAUGGAGUAUGUGGAGAGUCCUUCGUCGGACAAUGACAGCCGGGCCAAUACCUCUUCCAAGAACCAGCCCCAAACUCAACCAAGACAGUCCGUUGGCGCUACAGCAGGGGCGAAGCCCAAAGGUCAGCCAACCAAUGGCAACAAACGACCUGGCAGAGGCGUUGAGAGUCCCGAGCAAGAGAGCGGAGGUAUGGUUCAAGGGUUUAGCUUUGAUGACGCUGUCGCAGCUGAGCCUCCCAUCCUCGGCUCUUCUCUUGAACAGGCUCCUCGAUCGCCUCGCAUCCCGGCUGCUCUAUCGACAGAAAUUCGUGAUCUAAACCAGGCUAUUGAAGCACCCCCGCAAUCUCCGAAAAUCAUUUCAGCUCCCACAAACGGUGCCAUCAUUCAGGAUGUCGGGGCAUGGGGCAACAAGUCAGCGACGUCUACAAAGGAAAAGAAGCGCAGCAUCUGGGGAUUCCGCACGAGGUCUUCUUUCGAUCUGGCUUCGCAGGUCAACAACGACGGGUCAGCUGUUGGCAACCUUGCGCAGGCUGAGCGGAAGGACCCUGUCAGGCCUGUGUUCGGUAUACCUCUGGCCGAGGCCGUACAAUACUGUCCGCCUCACGGUGUUGAUGCUGAACUCCCAGCUGUGGUUUAUCGCUGUAUUGAGUAUUUGCACGCCAAGGGUGCAGCCUCGGAGGAAGGCAUUUUCCGUCUCAGUGGUUCCAAUGUUGUUAUUAAGGGGUUGAAAGAAAGAUUCAACAAUGAGGGCGACGUGGACUUCUUGGCCGGAGACCAGUACUACGAUGUCCAUGCCGUUGCGUCUCUGUUCAAACAGUACCUUCGAGAGCUUCCAACGACUGUUUUGACUAGGGAGCUUCAUCUGGACUUCCUUCGUGUUCUUGAGCUUGAUGAUCGACAGAAAAAGGUAAUGGCGUUCAAUGCCCUGAUCCACCGACUGCCGAGGCCGAACCUCGCAUUACUUCGAGCCUUGUCCCUUUUCUUAAUCGAGAUCGUCAACAACUCGGAUGUCAACAAAAUGACCGUCAGAAAUGUGGGAAUCGUCUUUGCUCCAACUCUCAAUAUCCCAGCACCGGUAUUCUCGAUGUUCCUUACGGACUUUGACAGCAUCUUCGGUGAUGUCAGUGCUACAUCCACAGCCGUGGAAUUGACUGUCGACAACAGUCUGUCGCCAGAUGAUGUUCGAUCACCUCGUCAUCAAAUGUUCACCGACAUACCCACGCCUUCAUAUAAUCAAACUUCAUUUAGAGGCGCGGGUGAUGCGCAGGGAAACUAUGCUGAAAAUUCCCGGGUUCCUCACGACACAGGCUUCAUUCCCAUGCAGCCAAGCUACGAUCAGCCAGGUUAUAGACAUGAUGUCUACAAUCAACAUCAGGGAUCAGAUGCUCCAUUUUCCUCGUUGAAUGGCAUGCUAUCUCCUAAUACAGACGACUCCCGCUCAGCGAAGACAAAGAGACGGGAAAGCUCAAUGCUCUUCAUGGAAAAUACACCUGAAGAUUUCAUGCUCCAGCAGGGCAGAUAA